AGCAUUACACCUGUGCUAGUUUGCGCGCGAGCAAAGUCUGCGCGUCAAGGGGGAAAAAAAAGAGAAAAGUUCCACCACGAGCGCGACGGUGACGCGCACCGAGAGUUGCGGAGCGUGUGAGUCCUGAAGGGCAAAUAAGAGACUGGAGAAAACGACCUUAACCAUAUCAAGGUGCAUUUCUCUGAUUACUAUUCCAUAUAGGCGCAUGUGCACUGCCUUGCGCAUGUUAACAGUAUAUAUUAUGAAUAUGUCGAACAUUUAAAUUAUAAGAUCUUGUGUCUGACAGGCAAAGCGUCAUCAUAGGUUUUGGUGGGCAUGAUUUCACUGGUGACCUACAGUAGCACGGGAUGCGCCACACAAAGCAAAGGGUCUGAAAUACCAGACGGGAGACACAGAGACCUUCAGGAGGCUCAUUACAUCGAUUCUUGAGGAUAUAUUUAUUUGUUACCGGAUAUAUGUUUCUCUGGACCAUAAGGACGUAGCCUACUCUACUUCCACCGGGAAUUCUGCUGCGAGGGAGCCGGUAAAUGAAAUGCGCGAAAUGCAUGGAAAACUCUCCUGUAAAAUAACAUAUAGCCCAUUGGGAUUAUUAUAGCUAGUUAUUUAUAAUAAAUACGUCCUACGGUCAUCUGAGCAUCUCAAAAGCCUUUAUACUCAAGGAGCCCGUGUUGUCUCCCUUUUUUAUUUGCUUUAAAACUUAAGAUAUUUCAUUUGUGUUUCUUUUAUCGCUAAACCAUGACAGGAAUGACAAUUGCCCUGUUUUUUGAGAAUCUACUGAGUAAAUUGUCACUGUUUGGAUUAAAGAUGUUGGAUUCGGAUGUGAAAGUGGAAUAAUCAUUCAUAGAGAAUUAACAACUGUAUACAGGACUGGACGUUGGACCUCUUGUUAUAUUAUUUACUCAACUAUUUCUGACUUUUCUUGGUGAACUCAAACAAUGGGGAUCAAACUGAGAGUUAUUCUGGGAAUGUUUCAGUUCGUCUCACUUACCAGAAUACCCACACAAUGUGCCAAGACACCGACAGACCACUGGAUGCCAACAGAGAGCCACAGGUCUGGAGAAGUGGUGAGGUGGUUGGAUGUGUAUCAGAGAAGCGGAUGUCAUCCCAGAGAGACGCUGGUGGAGGUUUGGCGGGAGUUUCCUUGGGAGACGCAUCACCUCUUCCUGCCGUCGUGUGUAACACUGCGCCGCUGCGGAGGCUGCUGCUCCGAUGAGGCGCUCGAGUGUGUGCCAUCACAAACACACACACUUGUAAUGGAGCUCAUGAGGACCUCAUUCAUGAAGCAUGACCUUGUGCAGCUGCCUUUCAUUGAACACAACCAGUGUGAGUGCAGGCUAAAAGCAAAUCUUUAUGCAGAGCCAACCAGGCAAGGCCCACAGACAACAAGAAGAGGCAAAAAGCGACAAAAGGGGAAACCAAAACGAAAGAAACACGUGGGGAAAAAUUCAUUCAGGAAUCUUGUGCCAACUACACCCCCUCCUCCUCCCCCUCCUGCCCUCCCGCCUAGCUCCGCCCCUCCACCACCUGCCAGAGAGGUGUGUCCACCAUGCCCCGCCCACAGGAUGACAUCACAGCCUCCCUCUUGUGAAUGCAGGUGCAGUUUGAGGGAGGUGAGCUGUACAAAGAGAGGGAAGACACUCAACGAGCACAGCUGCCGAUGUGAAACUCAAAGUGAAUAGUGAAAUCAAACCACCCGUAUAAUCCACAGAUCAAACUUUGCACAGCUUUGAGGAGGUCAAAGGUUUGCUUAUUCUUUUGUCAUGGACUCUGAAGUUUUGGGUCUCACCCAGAAAGAGGGUUUGCGCUUGGGAAUAAACCACAGACCCACCCCCUGGCCCAUCUGGCAAUGUCCCACACACUAUUUCAGCAGUAUUAGAUGCAUAUACAUUCUGUUUGCACUGUAUAUCCACUUCUGUACCGUGUGUAUGGAAUAUCAUCAGAUCCUAUUGUUGAGUUUAGGAAGCUUUUUCUCCACUGUAAACCAAUCUUCAGAUCACCUUUAACUAUUCGACAUUGUAUUUAGUUAAAGUUCAGUGGGUCAGUCGCUAUAUCGCUGGAAUAUUCAGUGCUCAAGACGUGCACCGUGGAGUUCUCAUUGAGCUUUAUCCAAAACCAUUUCUGGGAUUUUUCUUCGGCUUCAAUGGGUCCUCAUAGGCACGGACACGCAGCUAGUGUAAUGCUAAGGACGACAAGUGCGC